AUGGUGGUGUCGAUUCAACUCCCAGCUUUCCCGGUGCAUUUUUACCACAAAGAAAUUUUGUUAACGCUAGGGAACAUGAUCGGUCGGGAAAUCAAGCUUGAUUUCCACACACAACACCAACAACGUGCGAAGUUUGCACGGAUAGCUGUGGAGCUCGACCUCUCCAAACCUUUGGUCACGCGUAUCCGGCUGGACGGAAAGUGGCAAUAUAUCGAAUACGAAAAUCUGCCAACAUGUUGCUUUGAGUGUGGUAAAAUUGGCCACACGUCUCUGACGUGUCCCUCCUGA